CAUAAAAAUAAUAAUUCAAUUCAUAAAAAUCAGAUAACGUAUACGCCUUGUAUGCGACAAGUGUGCGAACAAUCACAAGUUGUUAAAUUCAUAUUUCAGUGAAGACAAGAAAUUCAAUUUUUUAAACAGACAAUAAACGAAAACUAGUUAAGCUGGCAAGAACUAACUAAUUGCUUAGCAUAAAACUGAAUGCUCCUGGCUAAUUGGACCAAUCAAACUACUGGCAGUUAAUCAAACUGCCAAGAGCAGUUUGGCCAGUCGCCAGUCUUCCAGUCGGCCAGUCUUUCAGUCGGCCAGUGCAGACAAUUAAAAUCAUAAAACUCAUCGCAAAAGCCGCCAAAGCGAACUUAAAUACACAAAGACCAAAAAGUCAAGAUACUGGCCAAGAUAAACGGAACUAAUGCGAGCCAAGGCAGUGGAUGAGAAAGCUUGUGAAAUUAAGAAAAACGCUCAGAAUGCAGCCAGUGUCGAGUGCAACAUCCGGUGCAUAAAUGAAAAUAAAUACCAAAAGCGGCUGGCAAACAAACUAGAAAACGAGAACUGUCAGCAACAGCAGCAGGAGCAGCAGCAGCAGCAGCAGCAGUAGCCAGAGUAGCCCGUGUGGCAACAACUAUAAACAGGAGCUGGAGCUGGACACAGUUGGAGCGACAAAUGUUAGCCAAACGGAUGUGUAGAUUAGGCCAGAACAGUUGUCCAUCAGCCGUCUAAACAAUAGACCCAACAACAACAACAACAAAGGCAGCAACAACAAUUACAAAUCUCUGCAAUAUGUGUGCAAGAAAAGCAACUACAACAACAACAACAUCAACUAGAACAACAACACCAACAAAAACAACAUCCGGCCAUGCAUCGGCUGACCUCAUCGACGACAGCGGCUACUGUGGCAGCAGCAGCAGUCGUUCGUCCUGGCUGGCGCAAGGACAACGUUUAAACUUGCGCAUAUUUAAACUUUUGAUUAGCUGCUCUGCCCUAAUGUGCUGCAUUUAUACAAAUGCCUGGCAAUUGUCCAUGCUGGGCCAACUGGGCACCGGGGUCAUGGCCGGCAGCAUCAAGGGACGGGGCGAAACGCAUCGCCUCGAUGAGAUUGGUGCCGGCUCCUUGACGCGCUCCUGGCUAACCCAGAGCAACAAUCAUGCCAACAUCUCUGAAUUGCUGGACAAUUUGCUGCGUGGCUAUGAUAAUAGCAUUCGACCGGAUUUCGGUGGUCCACCAGCUACCAUUGAAGUGGACAUAAUGGUGCGUAGCAUGGGCCCAAUCUCAGAAGUGGAUAUGACGUACUCGAUGGACUGUUACUUUCGACAAUCCUGGGUGGAUAAACGACUCGCCUUCGAGGGUGCCCAGGACACGCUGGCGCUGUCAGUGUCAAUGCUGGCGCGCAUCUGGAAGCCGGAUACGUAUUUUUACAAUGGCAAACAGAGCUAUUUGCACACGAUAACCACGCCGAACAAGUUUGUGCGCAUCUAUCAGAAUGGCCGUGUCCUCUACUCCAGCCGUCUGACAAUUAAGGCAGGCUGUCCCAUGAAUCUAGCGGAUUUUCCCAUGGACAUACAAAAAUGUCCGCUCAAGUUUGGCUCAUUUGGCUAUACCACGUCGGAUGUCAUUUAUCGCUGGAACAAAGAGCGUCCGGCAGUUGCCAUUGCGGAGGACAUGAAAUUGUCCCAAUUCGAUUUGGUCGAUUGUCCGGCGGGUAAUUUGACGGACAUUGUUUACAAGGCAGCGGCACCGAUGCCGCAGAGCUACAAUAACAAGGACACGCUGUCAACCAAACAGCCACCCAGCAGCAGCAGCGCCACCAACACCCUCACCCACAGCAACAGCAACAGCAACAACAACAACAAAGUGUUGACAACUUUCGCUGGGCCGGGAGCCAAAAAUCAACAUGUCCGCGGCACAGGCUUAAAGCUAGACAAAGGCGCAUUUGGCUCGGGUCGCGGCAUUGCCGGCGGCGGAGGUCUUGUCACGAAUCUGGCCGGGAGCAUCAGCCUGGAAACCCAUCAUCCAUCGGAAUACUCCAUGCUGAUGGUGAACUUCCAUCUGCAGCGGCACAUGGGCAACUUUCUGAUCCAGGUCUAUGGGCCGUGCUGCCUGCUCGUGGUGCUCAGCUGGGUCUCCUUCUGGCUGAAUCGGGAGGCAACGGCGGAUCGCGUCUCGCUGGGCAUUACCACGGUGCUGACGAUGACGUUCCUGGGCCUGGAGGCGCGCACGGAUCUGCCGAAGGUGUCGUAUCCCACCGCUUUGGAUUUCUUUGUGUUCCUCUCGUUCGGAUUCAUCUUUGCCACCAUCCUGCAGUUCGCAGUGGUGCAUUACUUUACCAAAUACGGGUCGGGCGAGUGCUACUUCAUUAUCGAGGAGCUGGACACGGAUUCGGCAGAGUCCGAAACGGACGUGGACGCCAGCGGCCAGUCGGAUUUUCGCGGCAGCAGCGAGUCCAAGAUCUACGAAGUCAUACCGCUCUCCAUGUGCGCCAUCAGCAUGCCAGCGUCGGGCGGCAGUCGGCUCGGCAUGCUGCACUCCAGACGCACCACGCGCAAUCGCCGCCACGGCCUGGGACGCUUCAGCUUGUGGCGCUGCCUGGAAUGGUUCGGCUGCCGGCGGCGGCAGCGACGUCCGCCUCGCAAAGCCACCUGCUCCGACGAGGAGGAGGAGGACGACGAACAGACUCAACUGCGCGCCGAUGAGGCGCCCUGCACCUCGGCAGCAGCUGCAGCCGCCGCAGCCGCUGCAUCCUCGGCUGGCCAAAGCUCGCCGCCCCAUGUGGGCCGGCGUCGCAUGUCCUUCUACAGGCGCGAGGAGAUGGAGGCGAGACGCAAGGGCAAACGCACGCCCCAAUACAAUUCGGUGUCGAAAAUCGAUCGCGCCUCCCGGAUCGUAUUCCCAUUGCUGUUCUUCCUGAUCAAUGUGUUCUACUGGUAUGGCUACCUGUCGCGCAGCUCACGCAUCUUGGCCAACACGCAGACGAGCACCUGAUGUUACCUUUUAGCAAUUUAGACACAGUCCUCAAAAGAAAUCAGCGUUCCACAGAGGCAGCGGAGGAGCUAGAGCAGCGGCAAUGGCAAGGAUGUUUAACAAGUAUACAUAUGCAUUAAAUAUAUGAUCUAUGUGUGGGAAUUUCGGCUUCAGUUAUUUGCUCUUAACCUGAUUUGCUACCAACUACUACGAACGCUUUACACGAUUUCUUUUCGCGCUAAAUUGCUAAAUAUUUCAAUGCAAAAC